AUGGCAGAAGCUCAUGAGCAACCCAAAGUUGUGCUUCACUGGCUCAACAAGUCCCGCGCCCAACGCAUCGUCUGGCUCCUCCAGGAAUCCAAAGGUCUGGAUUGGGACAUCAAAACCUACAACCGUGGAUCCGACCAACUCGCCCCUGCCGAACUGAAAAAGAUCCAUCCUCUGGGCAAAUCACCCGUAAUCACUGUCGAAACCUCCAAGACUCCUCAGCCUAUUGUUCUGGCCGAGACGGGUCUGAUCACAGAGUACAUCUGCGACUACUUCGCCCCCCACCUCGUGCCGAAACGAUACCAAGAAGGCAAGGAGGGACAAAUCGGUGGCGAGACGGAGGAAUGGAUCAGAUAUAGAUUCUUCAUGCAUUAUGCCGAAGGCUCCUUGAUGGGACUGCUGUUGAUUUGCCUGAUCAUUGAUCGUAAGCCUCUUUCCACUCAUGCUUCCCACAACAGCGAAAGAGUAUUGAUUGACACCAUGACAGAAAUCGGCGACAAUCCGCAGACCCCCUUCUUCAUCAAACCCAUCACCCGAGCCAUUGCCUCAAGGGUGUAUUCCGCUUUCUUAACUCAGAGCCUCAAGACGCACUUCACCUUCCUGGAAUCGCAACUCGCCACUUCGCCAAACAACGGCAGGUUCCUCUGUGGCUCCGAGCUCACGGCAGCGGAUAUCACAAUGUCCUUCCCGCUACUGGCCGCCGUCCGAGUGUCGAAGAAGAUCACCAAAGUCGACUAUCCUAAGUUGGUGGCAUAUUGUGAUCUUUUGGAGUCUCAAGAGAGCUACAGGGCGUCUGUCAAGAGGACCGAGGAAGUUUCUGGCGAACCUUACAAGAUUCUGUAA